AUGGGUGACAACGAGCAGAAGGCCCUGCAGCUGAUGGCUGACGCCGAAAAGAAGUUGACACAACAAAAAGGAUUUCUGGGCUCUCUUUUCGGAGGGUCAAACAAGGUUGAAGAUGCCAUCGAGUGCUAUCAGCGUGCUGGCAACAUGUUCAAAAUGUCCAAGAACUGGACAAAGGCUGGCGAAUGCUUCUGCGAGGCGGCUACUUUGCACGCCCGUGCUGGAAGUCGCCAUGAUGCAGGCACCUGCUAUGUGGAUGCCUCCAACUGCUACAAAAAGGUUGAUGUUGAGAACGCUGUCGCCUGUCUGAUGAAGUCCAUAGACAUUUACACUGACAUGGGUCGUUUCACGAUGGCCGCUAAGCACCACCAAAGCAUCGCUGAAAUGUACGAGGCUGAUUCCAAUACUCUGGCUAAAUCGAUUCAACACUAUGAGCAGGCAGCCGACUACUUUAAGGGCGAGGAGUCUGUGAGCUCUGCCAACAAGUGCAUGUUGAAGGUUGCCCAGUACGCAGCCCAGUUGGAGGACUACGAGAAAGCAAUAUCAAUAUACGAGCAGGUGGCAGCCUCAUCGCUGGAAAGCUCGUUGCUCAAGUACAGCGCCAAGGAGUACUUCUUUCGUGCAGCUCUCUGUCAUUUGAGUGUCGAUCUGCUGAAUGCCCAGCAUGCAAUCCAGAAAUAUGCGGAGCAAUAUCCAGCAUUCCAGGACUCGCGAGAGUUCAAGCUCAUUAAGGUUUUGUGCGAGCAUCUUGAGGAACAGAACAUUGAGGGCUUCACAGAGGCAGUUAAGGACUACGAUAGCAUCUCACGAUUGGAUCAGUGGUACACCACCAUUUUACUCCGAAUCAAGAAGGCUGCGGACGAGGAUCCAGAUUUGCGAUAAAUUAAUCAAACACUAUCUGAUCUGAUAAAUUCACAUACACAUUUACUAAAUGCUUUAUUCGUUUCGGAAUUUAAUAUACCUAUGCAAUAUAACUACAGAAUUAAUUAAACAAGUGGCACUGCUCGUCACAGAAAAGACACACACACACACACAUAAUCCCAUUAAAAAGGAACUAACUAACAGUUGAAUAAUAUAUUAAGCAGCCGCCCCAUAAAAUGCCAGCUUUUCCGGAUGGGAUAGCUAUUGGCUAAGAAUAUUCCCAGACGAAUAUCAGCUCCUUGCAACGAAUAAAUAAAUCAAGCCAAAUGCCACUGUUAAUAUUAUGUUUGGAAAAUUGUGCAAGUUCUGUUAUCUAUAAUCAUUUUUAUUGCACGUUUAUAGGAAUGUAAUUGUAACGCGGUUAUUUUCCAGGUAUUUGCGUUACAUUUGUUAUUUUCUUUUUAAUUAGAAAAAAUGUUUAAUUAGCUGCUGUUUUUUGUUUGAAACAUUUUAGCUUCUAGAACCGGAGAGUUUUAUUGUGUUAAAACAAAAUUGAUGUUUUAACCGAAUUGGAUGUUUGUUGAAUCAAAUUAGAACUCCCCUCCAUUGAUAAUGCACAUUAAGAGAAGAAGAGUAAACGAGUUUUAGAAUAUGCAAGACCUACCAACUAUAUAUGCAUGUCCAUAAAUGUAUCGAAAACUAUUCCCCUAUAAA